AACUCCCAUCGAAAACUACCAUUGCUGCCCCACUGUAGCUGUCUUUGGUUCUAUUGUUCCAGAACCUUAGUUUUUUUUUUCCUCUUUUUUGUGGGGAGGGGAGCUGUUCCUCUCACCCACUUCACUUUCCUUUCCUUACUCUAUUUAACUGGCCAUAAAGCCUAUUUUUUAGGGUAUUUUGCUAGAAGAACAUCAUAUUUCUUGAGAGCUUUUGAAAAUACAUAAAUGGUGGACUUCCCAGAAUCCAGUUAGGUAAGCUCUAGUUUUUAUCAUAUAUUCUAUGCCAGCUUCCAUCUUAUUAUUGAUCCAUCAGUGACUUCCCUUUCAUUUGAAAUCGUGGAUGCAAUAAACAAAUGCUUCGGAAAGUACCUUACAAGUUACAACCAAUGGCUGCCACCUUCUACUAUUCUCGAACCUGAGCGCAAAAGCCGUAAUUUUUUAGGGGGUUUUGAAUCAACCAAAAGCAUUUAGCUUUGCUAGUAUCGAAAUGACUUUGGUGUGUGUUUGAAUACAAAGAAUUAGGUGUUGCUACUACAUGUUUAUGAGUGCGCCCAUACGAUCUGUGAGAUGCCCGGAUACAAAGAGCACGGGUGGUUUUUGGAGCCUGCCCAUUUGAAGAUGUCUUGGAUUCAGCAUCAAAUCCAGCAAAAAGAUGGUUAUUUGAGCUACCCCCCUCCUCUUUCUCCUUCAUCCACAUCUCCGUAUGCUAGUACAUUUCAUAAAGAAUCAACUCCAUCCUCUGGUACUCGAAUAAGUCCGGCUGUUCUUUUCAUUAUAGUGGUUCUGGCCGUGCUAUUUUUCAUCUCUGGUUUACUCCACCUGCUUGUUAGAUUUCUUGUGAAGCACCCAUCUUCCUCAGCAUCUCCUCAAUCUAAUAGAUACCCAGAAAUCUCAAGCUCUGAUGCCCUUCAGAGACAGCUACAACAACUCUUCCAUCUCCAUGACUCUGGUUUGGAUCAAGCUUUUAUAGACGCUCUUCCUGUUUUCCACUAUAAAGAGAUUGUGGGUCUGAAAGAGCAAUUUGAUUGUGCCGUUUGUCUCUGUGAAUUUUCUGAGAAGGACAAGCUCAGAUUGCUUCCUAUGUGUAGCCAUGCUUUCCAUAUCAAUUGUAUAGACACUUGGCUCCUAUCAAAUUCAACAUGUCCUCUUUGUAGAGGGACCCUCUUCACCCCCGGGUUUUCCAUUGAAAACCCUAUUUUCGAUUUUGAUGAUUUGAUAGAAGAAGAUAGUUAUGCCGGUAAUGGUGAAAAUCGGGUCACUUCUAGUCAAAAGACAGCGGAAAUGGAUGAAAUUGUUGUUGAAAAGGGGGUUUUCCCUGUGAGACUUGGUAAAUUCAGGCAGCUAAAUGUUGGGGCAGAGGAGACUGGAGGGGGAGAGACAAGUAGCAGUAACUUAGAUGCAAGAAGAUGUUAUUCAAUGGGAUCAUAUCAGUAUGUUCUGGGCAAUUCAGACCUCCAGGUUUCCUUGUGCCAUGAUCGACAACACCAUGAUAUCAAACUCUCACGGGGGAUGGAACAUAAUGGGAAUUCCUCAGUUAAUGGCGACAUGGAAGGGAAGAAGAUUAGUACUGUGACUAAAGGUGAGAGCUUUUCCGUUUCCAAGAUCUGGCAGUGGUCAAAGAAAGGCAAAUUUUCAAGUUCCUCAGAUGCACAGAUGGGCUUGCCACCUUCUCUUAGUACGGAAUUUCCAUGGAUGAAUAAAAAACAAGGGACAUGAAAGUGGUGGUGGGAUCCAUAUAAAGCUGUGUGAGAGAAUCUUUCAUUCCUGUGAUAUGAGACCUUUGUUUCAAAAAUUGGCUGUACUGGCAAUGCUGUGGGGUCAUACUUUGCUCUUCCCAUGUGGCCUUGUUGAAAUUAACCCUUCUAAUUAUGCCUGAUUUAAUUUCAAAUGUGGUUAGAUCUCAAGUUCAGCAAUUUGUGAAUGUGUCUCUACACUGGAUCUAUAUCAGAAACAGUCAAAUGAGACUGGAAAAGGGGGCAAAGGAAAAGGCGGAAAAAGAGAAAGCUGUGCCAAAAUUAAAAACAAAAGAUAAGAUAAGAAAGAAGUGGGAAUUUUGAUGGUUCUUUUGCUUUCUUUCUUGUUCACUUUUAUGGCUUCUUUUUUUUUUCCCUGUAAUUUUGGAGAGUGGAUGUCGUCGGUGGAAUAUGUAGAUAUCAUGUUUGUUACUAACUCCACCAAUUUAAUGACAAAACUCAGGCUUAUGGGAAAUGAUAGUGUCUUCCUCAA